CCAUAACUCGCCUAGACCCCAUCUCGUUCGUCUUGCAUCCAAAUCAAGUCGAAAGCGUCUAGUAUUCAUCGCAUCUUGAUCUUUCAUCUCAUCACAGCACCUCGCACCAGAGCCACCAGCAUCAUGACCAUUGACCACAUUGGAUUGACCGUCUCCGAGUCCAAGUUCCAGGACACCCUAAAUGUCUACCUCGAAGCCCUGAAGCCGCUCGGAUACACCAAGGUGCAUCAAUUCGGGGACUACGUCGUCGGGCUCGGGUCCGCCCAAGGCUGCCCCGACGGCAAGCCGGUCCCCGACUUCUGGCUCGCCGGCGCCAAGGACGUCGGCGAGAGCAAGACUCACAUUGCGUUCAAGGCGAACGACCGUGCCACGGUAGACGCUUUCCACGCGGCGGCGCUCAAGGCCGGUGCCAAGGACAACGGCGCGCCAGGCGUGAGGGCCAUGUACCACCCGAACUACUAUGGGGCGUUCUUGAUCGACCCGGCGGGAAACAACUUUGAGGCCGUCUGCCACGCUCCCGCCUAGACUGGCCUGGGGGUACACGAUAAGCUGAUACCUGCUAGAUGUCCC